UAGAGCAAACGCACUCGGCUCUAUGAACAAGAACAAAACAGAUAUGAUUCAAGGUGUGUAAGUUGAGGUGUUGGCCUAGGCCCUGCCUCUGCCUACUGGCUCUUCAGGUUUGCAGGGAGGACUCAUGAGCCUCUUUGUGUAUCUUCACUACGCCCAGCGAGACGUGUGUGCUCUUGCAAUUAGCACAGUUUAACGAGGCAAGAUUGAAGUUUUGGUAUGCUGAACAACUUGAAAACCUCCCCACAUGAACAAUGAUUGCUAUUCAUGCGUGUUUGUGUGCCUCAGAGCCGCCCUCUCUGAGCUUCAGCUGCUCGGGAGGCCUGGAUACCAGCUGAGGUUUAUUCAGGGAGCUUCUGGUAUCUAGUGCACUGUUGUCAAAGCUGCUUUUGAUCGUAGUGGCUAUUAAAGCAGAUUAGCCUAUUCUUCUAUGGAAGCCUAAUUAAACAUCUAAUUAUUAAGCCUGUACAAUGUGGACUGAUGGAGAAAGGAACUUGCUAAAGCUUUCUGAAGCUCUCUAAAGCUCAUGGAGUGCCUGUGAUGAUGUAGGAACUUCUGGGUUUGACCACAGCACGGCCCUGAACAUCUAACACCAGGAAUCACUGAGCCUCAUGUGCCAUGCCAGCAAGUGACACCUGGCCAUGCAAAGAUGCCAUGGAACCCCUGGUCAGCAUGAACAGUGCAAGCAGCUGUGACAGCAUGGUCAGCACCAACUCUGGCUUUAGUGACGACAGUAUGGAGCACCUCUCAGCUGAGGAACGAGCAUGCCUAAUGUUCCUGGAAGAGACAAUCGAAGCUUUGGAGGCAGAAGAUGACAGUGGUGUUUCCAAUGAUGAACCAGACGUCUUGAGUCCGGCAACAAAGGUGGACCACCUUAGGCCUGGUGGCCAAACCAAAGCAGAGGAGUUAUCGUCGCAUUACGACCCCAACAAGAUUUUGGGAAAGGACCAUAAACCAAACGGUUUGCCAACUCAACUAGUUCUAACCAAUGGCAAUGAAUCUGGUGAACCUGCCAAAUUACCUCCAAAUCCAACAACAGUUGAACCAAUUGCUGACGAAUCAGAUGAACUAGCUGAUUUGCCGCCAGCUUUCAUACCCGAGCCUCCAGUUAUGGCUGAUCCCUCCAGUGAUUCAAAAACUAAAGAAUGCCCUCCUAAGACCCAGCUGGAACCCAUGCUGGAUCAAAUGCCCAAGACUCAGAAGUUCAUUAGUGUUCCAUCUGAUAUGCUAAUGGAGCUGAUUCCUCCUCCUUCAGACUUUAUGGAUGAGCCAGAACCUGCUCCACCAGUACCAACACAGCCCCCUAAACAAAGUCAACUACAACCUCGGACACAAUCUCUAGCACAAGUUCAAGUAAAACCCCAAACACAAGCCCCAUCAGAACAUCAGGCUAAACUUCAAACACAAGCCCCAUCACAGGAUCUGGCUAAACCCCAACCUCAAACACAUGCCCCAUCACAAGAUCUGGCAAAACCUCAAACACAACCUCAAACGCAAGCCCCAUCACAAGAUCUGGCCAAACCUCAAACACCACCUCAAACACAGGCCCAGACCAAACCUCAAAACCAAUCUCAACCUCAGCCUCAGCUUCCACUCCAACUACAGGCACAACCGCCUUCAGAUAGCAUCACAAUUGCUCCUCCACUGGGUUUUGGUGGGCAAGCUGAAGAUGAUCAUGCUCAAAGCACAGUAACGUCAUCUCCAAGAGGGCCACUGUCUCCAACACAACUGGACGUUUUGCGCAAAAAGGCCUCACUAAAGAAAGCCCCUGAAAAAGCACCUAUAGUACGACCAUCUGGUCAGAAGGUGUCAAAUCAGGCCAGUUUUUCUGUUUAUUCAACUGAAGGACAUCCUCCUACUGCAGUAGGCCACAGCCAACCUAAAAGCCCACCAGCUGUGGCACCCAAACCCAAGAAACUGUCUCCCAAAAUUGUCCUUAAAAGCCAUAAAGACUCUGUGCCUGGUCAUUCUCUUGUUUCAUCAGGUGAUCGCAUGAUGAACCCACAGAAGGUUCACAUUGAGGCCUUGAAAAAACUGGGCUUGCUGAAGGCUGACGAGACAGACUCUGCCCCCAGUCUCAGCUCCAGUCCACCACACAGAAUCCCUCCUCCUUCUACCUUUAACACAACCACAGUGCCACCAUCUGGAGAUGCAGCCCACGAGACGAAGCUUGCAGAAGUGGAGGCACAAGGGAAAAUGAUUUUACCUGCACAAUCAAAUCCUGAAAAUGACGGAAGAGGAAGUCCAGUGAUCCCAAGAGAGAGUCGAAAAAACUUUGAGAUCAAAUCAGCAUCCCUGGAGCGUCCAAAGAUGGGUCUUAAAAGCGUAACAGCAGACCAUUCCUCUCUCAUAAUGAACCAGGAGAAGAAUCAAGAGAAGACUAAUCUAGAGCUGUCCCCUGGACAGUUGCGAAGGAGCCGAUCCAGACCGGCUUCUGCAGGGAGUCAGAAGGAGAUGGGUAUUGAUCAACUGUCUUCUAAUUCAGGCAAAGAACAAGAUGUCAGGAGGUCUCUGGGCUCCUCGCCCAUUCCUCCUCUAGUGCAGCCAAGCACAGACUCGCAGGUGCCUUCACGUUCCCACGGCAUGAUCAGUGUGGUAUUUACCCCACAAAGCAAGAACGGGGAAGAGCGCAGGCAGGCUCUGAAGAGACUGGGACUGAUUUAGAGUCUGAGAUUCAUACUGUCUUCCCAAAAGACUGCCUGUUGGACUAACCGACCCUUGGUAUACAAACAUUUUACGUUUAGACAUUUUGUCAUUCUUGCUUCCCCACAUAUCAAGAAUGUGGAAGAGCGCAAAUAGGAUCUGUGGAGGCUGGGACUGAUUAGAGUCUUCAGAAGUUCAUAUUGUCCAUGGACAGCUCAUUGGACUUACUGACCUACGUUGCGCGAAUGUUUCACAGUAAAAAAGCUGAUCAGUGUUGGACCUUUCACAUAUUAUCUCUUUGGAGGGAAAACAGGGACCUGGUUGUGGAUCAGCGUACCUAACUUAAUAUUACACCUUCUUUGAGAUGAAGGUGCUCAUGGAUCAUUGUGGAUGUACAGUAGCUACACUGGACAUGUUAAUGCAUACAGAACUGUGUUUAUUGUACUCGGACAGAGACUUGCUGGCAAACAUAAUGGAGCAGGACAAUGCUGAACUUCUUUUACUGGCAUUAAUCAGUUGAUUAAUGUUUGUAAGACCCCAUGGAGAGGCCCUGUUUAUUUAAGAUAAGUGAUAUCCACUUUUAACGGACACUAAAUGUUACCCUGUGUUCAGAGGCAGGUGACAGAGCAAAAAGGGACCAGUCAUUUUCUGUGGAAGUACACAAUUUGUUUUUAUAUAGAUUUUAAAUAAAUUAUGAAGCAGUGUUGCGAUAUACUAUACAAAAAAAUAAUUUCUGACCAAAUUUACAGACAUGUGGUCCAAGGUCCCUAGCUUCUACUCUCUAUAAAUCUGGUUCCUACUGCACUUAAAUCAUGUUUGUAAAAUUUUAGAUCUGACAAUGGAAAAGAGGCUUAUAUUUGCCGUUUCUUCUUUUUCUGUUUAAAAACGAAUAGAAGAACAUAAUGGAAUGUUCGAUAAGUAGCUUGCUAGAUUAGCCUGCAUGCUAUAUGCUGCUCUACACAUACUCUCAAUCAACAAAGUGAGUGGCCUCAAACACACCCACAAGAGAUAAACUUGGGGCAACAGUAAACACGUGAACACGGUGUAACAACCUGUGUAAGUUGUCAGGUGUUAUCAUGUUGGUAAGGUUGAACACUAGCACCUACCCCUGCUCAAGGCAAGGCAUUGUGAAUUUUCACAAUGCAUGUGAGGUCAAGUGAGGCCUGAUAGUGGGGGCAGAUGAAUGAGACAUUCCAGGUCUGUGGUUGUGUGGGCAAAAUUUUUCCAUCCACAGUGUCACCUGUGUAGUAGGAAUACGUCAUUACCUCCCACAGUGAACAGUGCAGUGGGUAGUAAUGAUUAUGACCGUCAGCAUCCGGCUAGAAUUGUCCAUUCAAAAAUAACAUCUAGACGAGAAGCCCCACAUGCAUAUUCCGCAGGUCAGUACAGCGUUAUUUGGCUUCCAUGGGACAUGGCAAAAGUCAUGGUACACAGAUCUAGUUAUUUUUGUAAGUUUCAAUAUUGAGAGACACUGAAUUUUAUUGUUCUCUUUUGGAUAGCACUUUAAUAUAGAAAAAUGCUAAUAAACUUUAUUCUCACAAAAAUAUUCUUGAACGUGAGGGUGUUUCAUGUAUUGAGGUAUUCUUGAGGUAUUGACAUGUCAACAUUGUAUUGUAUUUACUUGUGAUAAUUAGCAGUGAUGAGUAAUAUGGAGAUGUUUCAUGGCCUGGGGAAGGCCAGUCACGAUAAGUAUUUUUGUUUGAACUAUAUAUUGUUCCAGCAAUAAUUGUGAUAAAUUGUAUUAUUGUAAGAUAUUAUUUUAAUAACAUUUAAUGGUAAUGAUAUAAUGAUUAUAUAAUAGCAUAGUAAUACAACUACACUCUUUUUUAUAUUCAGUUCAAAUUUAAUUAUUAAGACUAUUCAGACAACGCAACUGGAAUAUAAGAACUUUUAUUCCACUUCACUUUUAUUAUUGUACUUUUAAUAAUAUUUAUGAGUAAAAUAAAAACAAAUCUUUUGUUAAUGGACUCUUCUCAGCAAAAAUUCAAAAAAACAUUGAGGUUCUUUUUAUAUAUUGUACUAUAAAUCGUUAAUGUAAUUAUUGUUACAGGCUUAGACUGUACAGCAACUAAAGUAAGCCUCCUCUUUUUCUUUUUUAAUUAUUAUUUACUGGCAUUCAAAAAGUACACCAUCAGAGAUGUCCUUUCAUACAGAACAGACAAUGAUGUCAGUGAUUCUAAUCACAGUCUGAGAUCCCAAAUCACCUUCAGAGUUGCUGAUCUAGGGCCAGUUUUUUCUGUGACCAUCACCAUUGUAAACACAGGUGAACUGAUAUGAGUUCAGCCCUGUUCCUCAGAUUCUUAAGUGAAUACCAGCAUAGGUGUGAAUGAGGUGUGUCUACAGCGAGGUCUUGAGUCAUCAUGUCUUCAUUCUGUUAAGUCUCUGACGCACAGUCCUGUCAAGUCCUCCAGAUGCCCCUCCAUGUUUUCCAUGUCAACACGAGACUGGCAUACUGAGGGUUCUUCUCAUAGCUUCAGCAGAUUCUAAUCUAAUUCUGCAGAAACCAGACAGACCUGAUGCGAGGCACCAGGCCCUCAUGGUUUUAAGUUCCAUCUCCUGUAACAUUACCCCUCUAUCGAUUUGUAGUUUGAGUUUUAUCAUGUUUUUGGAAACACAUGACCUAUGAGGUCAUGUAUGUCAAAGAGGUCAGGCUCCAUUUAAUUUUACAUGGUCCAGAAAUAAGCAAGAUGACACACUUUCAGUGUGUACCUGAUAUGUAAAUCUCUCUAUUUUGGAUGUAAAAUGGACUUGUUCUCCUCUUUGCUAGAAAGGUAGUAGCUGUAAGCCGUGGUUCUUUUCAUUAUUUGAUAUUUGGACAAAUAUGGAAAAAUUCAUAAUAUGUGAAGAUAUGUUGACUAUUUUCCUUACAUUUUAAUAUAUAACCUUUUUUGUAUAAUAAUUAACUGGUAAGGAGUUAAGCUUCGUUCAGGCCUUGUUCACUUUCACAUGGUCCAAAUAUUUGCAAGAUGACACACUUUCACUAUUUAAACCUGACAUGUGUACUUCUCUCUUUUUUGGGUGUAAAAUGUCCUUGUUAUCCCCUUUGCUAGGAAGGUAAAAGCUGUAGCCCUGGAAGGAUUUAAAAUGUCAACCAUUUUCCAUACCUGUUCCCUUAAAUCUAGACUUUCAUAUGGUGUUUUUGAUAUUUUGCUAUUAAAGCCUCUGGGAACACA